GCCGGGGCAAAGUUGGGCGAGGCAACGGUGCCGAGGGCAGGGAGAUGCCGGACGAGAGCGCCCUCGCGGACCUGGACGAGGUGCCGAUCGAGGAGGCGGAGCUGCUCGCCCCAGUCGUGAUGAAGAUGCUGCUGAACCUCGGGAUGAGACAGCGCCAGACGGGAGAGCCAGACGACGAGAUGGGGAAGAACGGCGCGAUCAGCUACGCGGGCCUGGUCGGGAUCACCGAGGGUUUGGAGACGGAGGGCGACGGAGUAGGGCGGGCGAACAAAGUGAAUUUGUGCAAGCUGAAGACGGAGAUCCAGGGCCUCGCGCUGGACGAGCGCGAGAUCGGGUUCCGCGUGGCGCCGACGCACAAGGAUGCGCACGCAAAGGCGGCAAUGGGAAAGUCGGUGGACUCGAAGCUGACCGCGAAGUGCCUGGAGCAGUUGGGGUGCGA